AUCAUUUUCAUUCAAGAAUCAGUUUAUUGGGAUGUGAAUUCUCAUAUAUAAGCCUAUUAGCUGCAGGAAAUGAACACAUGCAUGUAUUUUUUUUUACCAGGUCAUGAAGACAAAGAGGCAAAUUCGGUUGAGCAAACAAAGGGCGGCAGCCACUCGGGAGUCACAGCUCGAAAGAGAAGCUAUAAGUGGUGGCUCCUAAUGGCAUUUUACGCAUUCAUUGUCCUUGCCGGCCAGUCAGCGGCUACACUUCUUGGAAGACUGUACUAUGACAAAGGAGGAAAAAGCAAGUGGAUGGCAACCUUAGUUCAACCUGCAGGCUUCCCAGUUCUCAUUCCCUUGUAUUACCUUUCAUCAUAUAAAACUUCAACACAAAACACUAGUUGCAGCAACAUGAUAAACCCACCAUCUCUUUUAGUCCUUUUAGCUAUGUAUAUUACACUUGGAGUACUUGUGGCAGCAUCUUCUCUGUUGUUUUCAGUUGGGCUUUUAUACCUUCCUGUCUCCACUUAUACCCUCAUUUGUGCUUCCCAGUUAGCCUUCAAUGCCUGCUUUUCCUUCUUCCUCAAUUCCGAGAAGUUCACUCCUUUCAUAAUCAACUCCCUUGUCCUCCUCACAAUCUCUUCUACUCUUCUUGUGUUCCAAAACAAUUCGUCAGGAUCCACGGCAGCUUCUAAAGGAAAGUAUGUGAUCGGAUUUGUAUGUACAAUUGCUGCUUCAGCCGGGUACGGGCUAAACCUUUCCCUAUCACAACUCUGUUUCCAAAGGAUUCUGAAGAAGCAAACGUUCAAGGUUGUCUUAGAGAUGAUAAUCUUUCCGUCACUGGUUGCAACUUUGGUAAUCCUCGUGGGAUUUUUCGCUAGCGGGGAUUGGAAAAGUGUGGGUGCAGAAAUGGAAGGGUUUAAACUAGGCAAGGUAUCGUACGUGAAUAUCUUGGUUUGGAUUGCUAUAGCUUGGCAAGUUUUCUCGAUUGGUUCGGUGGGGUUGAUCUUCGAAGUCUCUUCAGUUUUCUCCAACGUCAUCAGCACUCUUGGAAUACCCACUGUUCCAGUCUUGGCAAUGGUAUUUUUCCACGAUCAAAUGACUGGCAUCAAAGUGAUUUCCAUGUUGUUGGCUAUUUGGGGCUUUGUUUCCUAUGUUUACCAGCAUUAUCUCGAUGAUCGCAAGUCUAAGACGACUGCAAAAGUUUAGUUGUUGUUUUCAAGAAACACUGCUGGUUACUUAAUUAUGACUGGAAAAGUUUGGUUGUUGUUUCCAAGAAACACUGCUGGUUACUUAAU